UUAGAUUCGCGGAGCUCGCGAGUGGGAGGAGGCAGCGAUUGCCUCGCCCUUCUUUCGGCAGCGGAGGAAGAUCGUCUGAUCGUCGGCAGCAGGAGGAAUCCCUAGCUCUCUUUCUCGCGUUCUUGCCGGAUUUGGUGCGCCAGGGGCGCGGAUUAGUGGAGUGUGUGUGGAAAUUUGUAUGGAAGGUUGGAUGUAUGGCGACCAAGGCGAUCUCCUGCUCUAUCUCCCGCUCCGUCUCGCCGAUCUCCGUCCUGGCCAAGGCGGUGAUCGCGCUGAGUCUGGAGCGGUCGGGAGGAAGAGCGGCGGGAUUUCUUUCGGACGGCUUCGAGCCGGAUACGUGCUGGAGGGGGGAUUCUCCGGAAUUUCUUGCGCGCCGCGAGUUUCUUCCUAAGCCCCGGGCUUCUUGCAGCGUCAGCGCAUUCCAGGCCAGAUCCGUCGUCAACAAGUAUGUCCUUCCCGGAUUCUUGCAGACGAUGAAAUGGCUGCCUUGCAACGAAUUGCUGCGGUCUUCCAGCGAUGACAAGAAGAAAUCCUCUUCUUCCGCGAGGAAAUUUCCCUGGGAUGGAGGUACUGCUGAUAAUCUCGCAAAACAUGCGGAUGGGCGACGGUCCCUGGCAUGGAUGCGGCAAUGGAUGAAAUUCGCGAGCGAAGAUGGCAAGGAUAUCUUCGCGGCGGCAACGGUGUCAGUCAUGUUUAAAUGGCUGGUGGCCGAGCCCCGAUUCAUCCCGUCCGCCUCUAUGUUCCCAACGCUGGAGAUUGGCGAUUGCAUCUUCGCAGAAAAGGUUUCUUACUACUUCAAGAAGCCAAACGUGAACGACAUUGUGAUUUUCAAGCCUCCGGAAGCCAUGCAAGAGCGAGGCUACAGUUCCAGCGAGGUGUUCAUCAAGCGUGUCGUUGCGGUGGAGGGUGACGUUGUUGAGGCUCGUGAUGGCAAGCUUGUUAUCAACGGUGGUGCCAAAGACGAGGAUUUCAUCGCGGAACCUCUGAGCUAUGACCUGGAGCCAAUCCCUGUUCCACAGGGAUCAGUCUUCGUACUGGGUGAUAACCGCAACAGGAGUGACGACUCACACAUUUGGGGUCCACUUCCGAUUAAUCAUAUCCUUGGCCGAUUGGUUCUCCGCUACUGGCCUCCCAGUCCUCCCGGGGCAGCGGCCAAGUCCUCGUUUGGCGCGGAAGUUCCAGCAACUUUGCAGACGCUAAUCGAGAAGGGGAGCCAGCUACUGACUUUCGGGACUCCGCAGCAGCAGCAGCACAAGCUCCUCCUCCACAACUCGUGAAGAAAAACAAGAACUUUAAGUGAUCCUGUCGCUGGCGUUUCUCGAUAUCUCUUCUGGCUACGACGAUUUAUUUUCUUUUCUUCGGCGGAUAAGGCUCGCAGGCUCGUAUUCGAUCGGUAGUGCUCGCAAGCUGUCAAGGCUCUGAUCGGAUUUCCAGAAAAGGGAUUUUAUCUCCUGGACAGCGUUGAAAGGUGCGUAAGCUUAUGGAUCGAUCGAAACGGCGAUAAGAGAAACACUGAGGAGAGAGAAAAAAAGAGAGAUAAUUCUCUCCUCUUACUAUAUGGUUUUGCUUCUACCAAAAAAACCACCAAGAACACACUUGUUUUCUUC